AUGUCCAAGUCUCGCAUGCCCUUGAUCCUCGGCCUCGGUGCCGCUGGUGGUAUUGGCUACUACCUCUACAACUCUGGUGGCAACGCCCAGGCUGCUGAGAAGAAGUUUGAGAGCGACGUCCACAAGGCCUCUGCUAGCAUCAAGUCUCACCUGCCCACCGGCAAAGACAUCAAGGGCGCCGGCGCCGAGGCUGGUGCCAAGUUCGACAAGGCCAUCGCCGAGGGCGAGAAGCAGCUCAACCAAGCUCGCAGCUCUGCCGAGAGCUACGUUAAGGGCGCCCAGGCCGAGGCUCUCAAGGCCGUCGACAAGUUCGACCAGAAGGUCGAGGAGGGCAGCGCAAAGGCCAAGAGCUCCAUCACCAGCUGGUUCAGCUCUGGUAACAAAUAG